AGGAAUAUGUGUGACAAGUUGUAUUGGCAAAUUCUUCUGUUUAAUUCUAAAUAAACGAUUGAAUGAUUUCACACAAGAAAAUAAUUUAGUUCACCAUUCGCAAAUUGGAUUUCAAUCAGGACAUAGAACAGCCGAUCACGUUUUCACCCUAAAAACGUUAAUUGAUAAGCAUGUCACCCAAAACAAAAACAAUAAAAUUUAUGCAUGCUUUGUUGACUUCAAAAAAGCAUUUGACUCUGUCUGGCAUGAAGGCCUAUACUCUAAACUAUUAAAAUACAAAAUUGGAAAAAAUUUUUAUCGUCUAAUUAAGAGCCUUUAUUCUAACUCUAAAUGUGCAGUCAAAUUAUCCAAAUCCAGAACAACAUUCUUCCCUUAUUCCAAAGGUGUUCGCCAAGGAUGCACAUUAAGUCCACUCUUAUUCAACCUUUACAUAAACGAGCUAACAACAUUAUUUAAUAAUACUGACUCAGACCCCUUCAUACUGCCAAAUGGCUCAAAAUUGAACUGUCUUCUCUAUGCUGAUGAUUUGAUCAUCCUGUCUAGAUCAAGAUUUGGACUACAAAAAUGCCUAAAUGAACUCCAAAAUUGGUGCAGUAAAUGGCUAAUGGAGGUUAACUUAAAGAAAACAAAAGUAAUGAUUUUUCAAAAAGGAAAUAAGAAAAAGACUAAACCAAGCUUCACAUUAGACAGCAAUACCAUAGAAAUUGUACAAGAAUAUUGCUACCUAGGAAUUAAGCUUAACUCAAAUGGUAAAUUCACAUUAGCUAUGAAACAACUUGGUGAAAAGGCACUUCAUGCCCUAUACAGUAUAAGAAGACAUCUCAAUCUACACAAUUUAAACCCAAAACUAGCUAUCAAAAUAUUUGAUACCAUAAUAUCACCAAUUCUUUUAUACAACUCAGAAGUGUGGGGUGCUUAUAUCAAAAAUGACUUUAACAAUUGGGAUAACUCUCAGAUUGAAAAAACACACUUGAGAUUUUGCAAACUAUACUUGGGUGUUGGGAAGAAAACAACAAAUAUUGCUUGCAGAGGUGAACUAGGAAAGUUUCCACUGAUAAUCAAUAUUUACAAGCGACUAUUCAAAUACAUUAUUCAUCUAAAUUCACUACCUGAAGAAGCACUUGCCAAACAAGCUUUUCUUAUCUCGAAAGACUUACACUCCAAACGAAUUACCUCGUUCUAUGGAAAUAUUAUGGAUAUUUUGAAAUCCUAUAACUGCAACACACAAAUAACAGAACUGGAAUCAAUCGCAAUUCAAACACUAAGCUUUAUCCAUGACAACAUAAAGCAAAAAUAUCUUAAUUUUUGGAAACACAAACUCGAAAACUCCUCCAAACUAAAGUUUUACAACACGUUCAAAACAGAAUACCAACUAGAGAAAUAUCUUUCAACAAUAAAAAAUCCAACCGAAAGGAAAGCACUCACAAAAUUUCGAGUGAGCAACCACAAAUUAAUGAUUGAGUUAGGUCGCUAUCAAAAAAUACCAAGGGAAGAACGACUGUGUGAAAUCUGCCAGUCAGGGGAAGUGGAAGAUGAAUACCAUUUUGCAAAUUCGUGUAAAGCCUACAGCAACCAAAGAGAGAAUUUUUACACCACUCUCAGAAACAAGCUAACCAUUAUCAUAGAUCAGGCACAAUUAGUAGAUAUAAUGAAAUCUACAGAGCACGAGACUAUUUUAUCUCUGUCGAAAUAUAUUUCUUCCUGUUUUACGGAAAGAAAUAGAUACCUUGAAAGUGGGAUUGCUGUCAGUUAAUUAUUAACAUACUAUUUCUCUAAUCUUAGAAAGUUGAAUGAAAAUUUUUCCUAUAUCUUGUAAAUAGAUCUUAUUGGUUAUCUGUUAUUUGUUAUUGGGAUUGACUAUAUAGUUAUUGUAAUGCAUGUACUUCUUACUAUUUGUAAACUUGGAAUUUCUACCUUUUUACUAUAUUUAGACUAUUUGCAUUUAGAUUAUUUAUAUUUAGAUUAUUAUGCUUUAGCAAUACCUGUAAUUUAAGGUCAUGCCAAUAAAGCUAUUAUAAAUUGUAAAAUUGCGCCCCUUUAGGAAUUUCGCCCCCCCAUAUAAAUUUUGAAUUUUUGAUCUAAAAACAAAACGAUUGCAAGUUGAAAAGAUUUAUUGUGUGAUUUAUUUAUUUAUUACAAGGAGACAAAAUUACAUACACAUUUUAGUCUUCUUAGCAGCUGGUGGUGUGCACAGUCUGCAUAACCACUCAUUUGAGGUACUUAGACUAGUGUCAUAUUCUACACAUCUAAAGUGGAAUGCCUUAAACAUUUGAGAAUGUAACUCUGCAAAACUAAAAGCUUUCUUGUCUUUUUUGAAACGUAUAUUAUUGGAUUAUUGCCUAUUGGCAAGUUCUACCCUUCGCUUCUGGGAUUUACAAACUAUAUUGACUAAUGCAAGUAAAAAAUAGUGACAAACCAUACAUUUUCCGAUAACGACAAAACGUGGAUGCAAAACAAUACCAAUAAUUACAAUAACCACCACGGUGAUUACUUUUUAACGAUGAGUUUAAGGAUUAACACUGAAAAUGCAAAUUGCAAAAUAUGCAUGGUGUGCUGUGAAGCGUCAUAAGUCCUAUUGAGUAUUGAUCUACUGUAACUGUGUAAAGCCCUUUCGAUACAUGUAAUUGUAAAUUUGUAUUCUUACAUGCAGGGCUUGAAAUAACGUUCCCAAAGUUUCCGAUCAUGGUGAUCGGCAGUCGUGACUUUCCCUGCUUUUUUGGAAACCGAAACCCUGCUUUUCCGCCGAUCAUAAGCAAUUCCUUGCCGAUCAUUGAUCGGUUGUUAUUUCAAGCUCUGUCUUAACAAUUUUGAAUUGAUACUGAUUUCAAAUGAUUAAAGCUAUGUAAUAAUUAUCCCAUGCAACUGUUAGGAAGGGCGAAAUUUUGAACGGAGGACGAAAAUCCUAAAGGAAAGGUGAAGUUUCUAAAGGGGGGCGAAUUUCCUAAAGGGGGGCGAAAUUCCUAGGAUUUUCGCCCCCCUGGGGGGGGGCGAAAAUGUAGGGGGGGCGAAAAUCCUGGGACACCGGUCCCUAAAACCUCCCAAAACAAAACACAACGCCUCUGCGGAGGAGAAAAUAGUCGCAAGGCUUGGAAAGGCUAGCAUUUUAUCGGAUUGUUUGCAUGAAAUCUAUCGCUAUUAUGAAAUACUCGGCGAAGAACAAUAUGAAUUAUACACAACUACACAAGAUGGCUGUGGAGGGGCUAUGGAAGGGCAUAAUCUCAUUAUCAAGUAAAUCAACUGAAAUUCUGACAGCAAUCAUGAGCAAUUCUGCUUCGCACUUCAGGGGCAGAAAUGGCUUUACUGGGGGGGGGGGCAAAUUCUUUCCCUGGGAGGGGUAAUUGCCCCCCCCCCCCAGAAAUAUAGUUAAAGAGGCACUGAAAGCCGUGCAGAACCCUUCUGAUGCUUUGGUUUUACAGGUAGAGUCUCCAAUCUUGGUCAGAGGAAAACAGGUUGCGUUUUAACGUACAAUUCUAAGUGUAAACUACUCUCCAUCACAAGGACAUCAUCUCCGCUAAUCACCUCGUAUAGUCUCCACCUGGCUUUGUCUAACACUGAAAUUGAUCUAGGCGUCGUUAUGAAUUCCAACCUAAAGGCCCUGUCACACUAUUGCGUAUGAGAGAAACGUAUGAGAAGCGUAGCAAAAUUAAUGAAAUAAUUUUCAUACGCACAAAAAUUCUUUGAAAUGCCAGCGUAUGAGUACCGUACAUUUGGCGUACCUCUAGCGUAUUCAGCGUGUGCCUAGAGUAUGCUUAUCGUAUAAAACAUACGUCCAAUACGCACAAUAUUUUUGAGCAUGCUUAAAAAAAUUUUCCGCCUCGCCGUAUGCCAGCGUAUGCCACCGUACGCGACCGUGCUUGAAACGGAUACAAUCUAUGCCUAACGUACCCCCAGCGUAUGUCAGCGUAUACCGGCGUAUGAGUGAUAUUUUUCAUACGCUGGCAUACGCUAGUACGAUACGCAAUAGUGUGCCAGGGCCUUAACGUGGAUCAAUCAAGUAAACAGAAUGCGAUCUAAAGCUAAUAAAAUGCUUGGAUUUACACUGGUCUACAAUGGAAUGGACAUCGGGGCAAGGAAGUACCUUUACUUACAACUGGUCCGCAACAUUCAACAACUUUGCGUAUGCGUCUCAAGUAAGGUCUCCACAAACAAUCAAAUUAAUCGAGAAUAUCGAGAAGGUACAGAGAAGGGCGACAAAAUACAUUUGUGUGAUAUAAAUCUUAAAUAUGUAUUAAACACAUGCAGUUGUGUUUUACUAUACCAUAUAAAUGUUUUCAACAUGGAACUGUUAUUGGUAAAUUAACACGUUCUUUAAGUGAAAAAGAUCAUUUCUAAUGUCGUACAAACUGUUCCACGGAUGUCUCAAUUGCCAAUAUAUCAAAAAAUAGUUUUGUCGAAAUUCCUGUAUAUUAUUUUGUAGCAUCUCAAUUUAAUUAAUAUAUAGAACACAUACAAGAUUAUGCUUACGGUAAGAUAAGGCCUGAAUUUCGCAAGAAUGUUUUAUAUUUUUUUAUAAUAUAACACAAAGAAAUACAAGAAAGAAAUUUUCCGUGUUGACAUUGAGUUAUGUCAACACGGCUCUUAGCCAAUCAGCGUUCAGAAUUUACAAACUAAUGAUAUAUGCAUAAUGUAUAUAUCAGUUGUUUUAAUAUGCAAUUUGCAUUAAGCAGCUGCUCAUUUUAGCGAACAAAUUGACUGCUUAUACACGAGCCGUUAACUAGUGUAUAUUAUCAGUUGUUUUAAUAAAGCACUGUCGUUGCUCACCAGCUAUUCAACUGAACGCCUAGUCAUUUUGGAAUUGAUUUGGACAAACUUUAACAUGCUUCUAUUUAAAACAAUACUAGCUUUUGUUCAAGUUUUCGCUUUCAUCGGAUAUGGUGUUACUAUGAAACAUGCUACAUUUAAAAGAAAAACUGGAAAGUAUUUACCAGAGAGUGUGAUCACAACGAAAUAUGCAGAAAGUGAAAGAGUGUGUUCUAUGCAUUGUACAAGGCUCGACGCGUGCUUGUCAGUGAAUUACAAAGCUAGCGGAGUGGAUCAAGGUCUAUGCCAAUUCAACAACAGUACAACUUCAGAAAAUCUUGGACUGGUUUCCAAUGAUAAAUUUAUGCAUCUCUCUAUUUUAAAUAGGGUAAGAUAUUUCUUUAUGAUAUCACAAAUGGGGGCCAGCUAUAGUAUGUAAUAUUCUCGAAUAGCGUUAAUGUGGUUCAUGCAUAUGCCUGUCCUAUAUAGGCCUAGAGCGGCUGGGCAAACCAGAAAAAUUGUUUCCUAACCAUGUUUCUCGAUACGAUUGCUUACUUCCCAUGGUUUGUAGUUUCAAAGACCGCACAAAUUCAAAGACUUAACUUCAAAAUCUAGACUUUUUUGUCUAUUAUCAGAGACAUUUCAUGCACCAAUUCGGCCGUAAGCGAAUAUUUUGGACCACAACAAGACAAUCAACUACGAUGCACACUGUUUGGGGGAAAAGUGCUCCGAUUAUGUUUAACUACUAUGGCCAAAGUGCACAAAGACCUCUGAGAGCAAAUAUGUGCUGAAACAUUGCAACUGUACGCUCCUUCUUGACCCGAUAAUCACUCCUAGAAUGCGUCUUCUCUUCGAUAUUUGUAAAAAUCUUGCGGAAAUCCACGAUCUAUUUUACCAGCUAGAGAAUCGUAAAAAUCAAAUACUUCAUUCAUUUAAGUCUUUUACUGAGACAAUCAAGUCAUUUAAGUCUUUUACUGAGACUUUCUGCACUUUUUCAUACAAUUAAAGAAAGUCUGCAAUAAAAUUUAAGUCGAAGACUGCUACCAAAUCCUGUUCCUAAUGCAAUAAAAUCGAAGACUGCUACCAAAUCCUGUUCCUGUUUGCAGAACAAUUUUGGUAUUUUUACUUUAAAUUAACACCAUGCAGUCAAUGUUCACUGUUUUCUCUUUAGAGUAAAGCUAAGACGAAAGAAAUUGCCAGCAAACGCAGCUGCAAAGAAUUACUUGAGGAUGACAGGUAAUCCAAUAUAUUGAAAUUAUAACCCUAUAUUGAAAAAGAUCAAUGGAAAUAAACUAAUUUUGUGCUAUACUGGAAAUUUCCUUAAUGCUUUCCUUAGAUGUCCAUGUUCAUUUUUUGUUGGUUUACUGUUACUAUAAAAGGCAUAUAACCUAAACUAAAUUCAUAUACUGUUAGCUCAUCAGUUCCGCAUCUUUCUCCAAAAUGACAUGCAACGGUAUAAACUAUAAAAGCCGUCCUUUAUCGGUGCAGUCUUCCUGCAGGAGGACACCUGCACACGUUUGUUUCCUUUACGUUUUGCUUAAUUUAUUAAUAUAAGACUUGAUUAAAUUUAGGUUAAAUUUGGAUAAAAAUUGGAUGAGAAAUUAGCGAAAUUUUGCCUUUUUUGCCGGACAGAGUAAAACUGUAUGAUAAAUGUUGCAGUCUCCGUGCGCCUUCCAAUUAAUUACCUCCGUCAGGAGGUUAUGUAAUCAUCUGGGUUUGUGUGUGUGUGUGUGUGUGUGUGUUUGUAUGCUGAUGUAUGUGUGUGUGUUUGUCUGUAAGCACGAGAACUCAAGAAAAACCAAACAUAUUCAUACGAAAUUUUUUUAAUGCAUUUCCCAUCGGCUAAGGAAGAACUGAUUAAAAUUUGGUUGAAUUUGGUUAAAAAUUGAACGAGAAAUGAACAAAAUUUUGUCUUGCUUUUCCCGGUCAAUUAAAAAAAACCUCACUGAAUGCGUAAUUAGGACGUGUAUAAUGAUGCACGCAGUACUAAGACAAUAUUGAGAUAAAAAACCUCAUUAGGCUUCAGCCUCAUUAUCUAUUGUCUUAGUUGCAUUUCACACGGCCGAAAUUCAAUGGGGGCGGAGGUAUGCAGUCUCUGAGUGCCCUCUAGUUGAUAAUGGGUUUAGGAAUAUUAUUGUUUUAAAAGUUUGCGUUGUAGAUUUCUGAAAAGCCCUAACGGACUGAACAUUAUUUUACAGCUCUCUACAAAACGGCAUCUACUCUCCACAAUCGAAUGCUUCCACAGAAAAAUAUCCAGUCUAUUGUCAUAUGGCUGAGAUUUCCGGAUGUGGGACAGGAGGAUGGACACUUGUGAUGAAAACAAACGGUGAUUUGGUAAGACAAAAAGGAAUAGUUUGACGUUGUAGAAAAUACAUGACCGGCCUAGCUCCCACGUCUUCAAAGGAUCAGUUGUGCUUUUACUCGCAUAUAUAAAUGUUUUUAAUUAACAUGGUAAUGAAAAUUGCUUGAUCAAGGUGCUGACCAAGAUCUACUCGGACAUCUUUAUUUAGAUAAUUAAAAUGAAAAACUAUACUUGAUAGUCGAACCUCAUGUUUCCCCAUUCCGUCUUUGCUCUUGGUAAACUUAACUUGUUCUCUGUUUCUUAAACAGAGUACAUUUACAUAUCAUUCACCAUUGUGGACGAACAAGGAAAGUUAUGCAGUUGAAGAUGGACUUGAAGGGCUAACAGAGAAAGAAAGUAAACUGGCAUCUUAUUGGAACACUCCUUUUAAGAAAAUAUGUCUUGGUAUGACCGUUAAUGGUGACAGAAAAUGGAUGAUGUUACAUUACGAAGCAAGUUCGCUGUAUAGUGUGAUCGCAGACGGACAAUACCGAAACACAACCGCAGGACGACCUGCAUGGAAGUCUCUGAUCGCGGGCUCGUCUUUACAGCCAAACUGCAAUGAAGAAGGUUUCAGCAUUGCAUAUAAUGCAUUCAAAGUACGUAUUGGAUAUUACGCGAAUAACGACGACCGUUGCACACAGGCAGAUUCAUGUAUUGGAUUUGGUAUUACCUACGCUGCUUGUUAUAUAACAUCUAACAUUACAUGUGGUAAUAUUGCGCAGUGUAGUGAUAAUGACAAUGGAAAAAAACUGGCUGCAGCAUUUGGAUAUAUUUUAGUUCAGUAA